GACGUCCAAUCGCGUCCUGAGGAGGUAAAGAGCGGCGCGUUCUCGUGGCGGCUUCGGGAGGACAGGCGGUUGUUGAGAGCGCAUCUUUUUUUUGGAAAUAAUAAUAAAAAACAAAUCCGCUUCCUUUUUCUGCUAAAAUGUCCGAGGAUAAGCCCAAGGAGGGAGUGAAGACAGAGAAUGACCACAUCAACCUGAAGGUGGCUGGACAGGACGGUUCCGUGGUCCAGUUUAAAAUUAAGAGGCACACGCCGCUCAGCAAGUUAAUGAAAGCGUACUGCGAAAGACAGGGAUUGUCGAUAAGACAGAUUAGGUUUAGGUUUGAUGGCCAGCCGAUAAACGAGACGGAUACGCCAGCACAGUUGGAGAUGGAAGACGAGGACACUAUCGACGUAUUUCAACAGCAAACAGGCGGCCAUCGCUAAGCUCGCUCCUCCACACAAUGGGGGGGUGGGGGUGGGAUCUCUCGGCUGUUUUAUUUGACUCGAACCCCAAAAUGUUUAACUGUGCUGUUUAUUUACUCUUUUUUUUUUUUUUUUGUCGUGUUGGUUUGGAUGAUCCUCCCUAGUUUUCUUAGGGUUGGACUCUCAUUCUUUCUGAUUCCCGCCCCCUCUCCCUCUUUCUUUCCCAAUAUUUAAAGACACACGAGGUAACGUGUGGCUGAGGCGAAUCCAAGAUGGCUGCCGUAGGGUUUAAAAUGGCUGCUAUAUGAACAAGAAGGUCCAUUUUCUUGUGAAAAAAAAAGCCCAGCCCAGAGUUUCCUGUUCUGAUCAAUAAAACGGUCCAUUCCCACCAUCAGUAUCAAACCUGCCAAAUUAGGAGGAGACCUGAUCCUUUUUUUUUUUUUCUUUUUUUUUUUGUCUUGUGCAGCUUUAAUUCUAUUUUUAAUCCAUGUCAUGUUUAACUGAAAGGACGCCCAUCCAGCCUUAGUUGGUUCAACUGCAGAGAAUAAAGGAAUCUUUGGUGUUUUCUUGACCAAACCCCAAAUAUGUCCCGGAUUAGUCCAGGUUUUUAUUAUAAAUCGCCUAUAAGUCCCUCUAUUAUAUUCCCCCCCCCCCCCCCCCCCCUUUUCCUUUUUUUCACUUUUCAAAGGCAACAAGUCGUCACACUUUCUGCUCCGUGUCGGGCGACAGUCACCCUGAAGAGGAAUAGUCUUAUUCGUCCCCCUACAUUCUGGCGUCCACGAGAGUCGGGACUGAAUCGGCGUCCGUGUGGUCUCAUUUUUUUCUGUACUGAUUUGUACAUUAUUUGUUGUCCUUUACUACUGUAUACAAUAAAUAUAGUUUGGUACUCAGA